GUAAAUAUAUAGUCAUUUAUUUUAAUUAUCAAGUACUACAUACUGUACAGUAGUACUGUGUGUUCUUUAUGACUGGCUGAAGGGCAGGCUUGUUUACACUGGUGAGACCAUCACCACAAACAUGUGAGGAAUGCCUUAUGUCUAGAUGCUAUCCUGGCCACACUGUCCUUAGGCGAUAGGAACUUUCAGCUCUGUUGUGUGAUGUUACCUAGACGAGAGGACAUCAAAGAAAGGCGCCCACUCAGCUUCAGCUUGGUGAACCAAAGAGCUUGCUGGGGUGACUUACAGUGCCGUGGGUGAGUCAAAGGCAGCCUACAGUACCAGGAAGUCCUCCCCAGUAAUCCUUUACUACUAAUACAGCUCCAGAGAGGGCUACCUGAGCUUUCCUUAGUCCUCCACGAAGAGGGUAAAUAGGCUUGACUCCCUGAGAAGCCCCCUGAAGGUGGUCAACAGCUGCUCUGAGUCAACGAGGGAAUGACCAACCUGGAGAAAGCAGUUUGACCGUGAUCAGAGAGGACCAACAUCAAAUAAUGUGAUCUACAGUUGACAGGAAUGAAAUGUCUGUGUUGCAUGACUCUAGAGACAUUGGUAUUUAAAACAUCAUGUAGAGAUUUUUAAUAAUGAAAGAAAUCAGUAUUUAACAAGUAAAAGAUAGACCUAUAUAGAUUCAGAGACAGAAUCAAUCUCUUUCUCUCUCUCCCAGACAGGGUUCCACAAUAUGGCUCUGGCUGAUCUUGAACUUACUAUUUAGAGCUGGCCACCUCCUCCCUCUACUACCAAACACUGGGAUUAAAAACAUCCCUAUCCACCAGGCCUGGCUACUGUAAGCUUUCUUAUCAACUCCUUACAGCUUCAGGGAGGGUGUGGCCUCAGGUCUGUGAUGGAUAAUAAAUGUUCUCUUAAUCUGUGAUCUCUGCAUCUCUUCUCUACUAAAUAUCCAUUAUUUGUUUGAAUGUCUUUGGAAAGGGUGCCCUUGCACCUAAAGAAUGACAUGGGAAAAAUAUUUAUCCAAAAGCAGGUAUAUAGAUAGUUACUCCCUCUUCCCCCAGACAUUUCUGGUACGAUACAAAGUUUUUUUAGUGUACAUGAUGUGUGUCUUUUUACAUGCAUGUGGAAUCAAGUGUGUGUGUGGGGGGCGGCAGAGGUUAAGCUCCCUUGUCUUUCUCAGUCACUCUCCAUCUUAUAUAUUAGGGUCUUUCACUUGUUCUCAGAUGUCAUUGAUUCUCCUAGUCCAGCUAGCCAGUGGCUCCUGAACACCAUGCUGGGCUUACAGGUGGACUUCCAUGCUGGCCUGGCACUUAAGUAGGUGCUGGGAUUCAAACUCCUGCCGAAUCAGCAUCCUUUUUAACUCCCAAGCCUUCUCUAGUGAGCUCUUAAACAUUUUAUUUAUCAAAUGUAUAUUUUGUCUUAAAUCCAUCUUUAAUUCCUCACACCAAAGAUAACUACGUGUUUUUCUUAAUGGACCCACCGUUGCUGUUUUUAUUUGCUUUAAAAAAACUGAAUAGACAAGCUUAUCCCAUCUGAAUGAGGUCAGACCCAGGGUUGGUCUUCUCCUUCCUGAGCUAUCAGUUCAUUUCUCUGUGACCCUAUUCUAGGUACAUCUCAAAUCUAGAUGAUGCUUUGCAUUACAGAUAAAAACACUAAAGAGAAGUACCCUUUCCACAACUGUCUUUAUCAUCAGCGUUUCUAGACCUCCCAACUUCACUAAGGAAGGCUGGAUAGAGUUACAGAUGUGAAGGGCACCAUUCCAUUUCUGAAUAACUGUUGACUUGGGGUUUUUUUUGUGUGUGUGUUUUUGUUGUUGUUGUUUGUUUGUUUGUUUUUGUUUCCUCGAAACAGGGUUUCCCUGGCUGUCCUGGGCUUUGUAGAUUAGGCUGUCCUGGAACUCACAGGACAUACUCCUGUCUCGGGCUCCGGAGAGCUGAGAUUAAUGGCAGACACCACCACCUGAACUUUGAGGCCUGGACAGAAAGGAAUAGACAACGGCCAGUUGGACUUAGAAACAACUUGAAAUCUUUCCCAUCUAGCUGAGCCCAAGACUGGCCCUAGGGAUUCAACCCAGGAGUGUUUUUACCCCCAGUCUCAAUUUCAUCAAGUAAAAUCCCUCUGUUAGCUGAAAACAACUCAGUUUCUGAGGCUCAUCAGAACUGUCACAGCACUGAGAGAGGAAUUCAGUAGAGGCUCAAAGAACCCUCUCUCCUUUAAGCACAUUGGUAAGAAUAACUUGCAGAAGGGGACCAAAAAAAAAAAAAAAAAAAAAAAAAAAACAAAACAAAAAAAACCAAAAAACCAAAAAAAACCCCAAACAAAAUCCAUGGACUUGAUGCUCAGGCUAGUAAUCCUGUCACUCUGAAGGCGGGACAGAUGGGAGUUCUAGCUCAAGGCUAGCCAGGGCUGCUGAGUGAGACAACAUGAAUUUUUAAAAGAAACAGGUGUUUUUGCAAAGCCUGGGCUUCUUUUACUUGGUAAUCUUCGAGGGAGCUAAGAAAAAUCUUUGGACACAUCUUUUCGUAUCCAAAGAUGCUCCACGGUGUAUCAGUCGCGCCAACGGAGCGACCGUCUCUAACCACCGCCCUCCCACUACCCACAGACCACCCACUGCUUUCGCAGGGGGUCACCCUAAGGAAACCCCGCCCCACUAGGACUUCCGGCUCCGCGGAAACUUCUGUUCUAGGCUCCAACGGGGCGGUACCCGGGCUUCUGGAGCCGCCCUGGAAGUGACGUAAGGACGCUCCUUCCAUUUUGUGAACGUCCGAGCUGCUAAGUGCGUCAGUUGUGGAGAGACGUAGAGGAGUUGAGUUCGUGUGUGUAGGGAGGCAGACAGCUCCGACGCAGACUACGGACCUCUCCAGGUCUCAGCCGUCAAAGACCCUGUCCGGUAGGUGAGUGGCUCGCUUUGAGGGCAAGGCUUCUCGGAUCGAGGCUUCUUCAUGGCCGCUCGGGUCGCGAGCGGCCGGGGCUUCGCUCUUUGCGGAGGACGGCGUCUAACAGAGCGCAGUUGAUUGAGGUGGGCGCUGGGGCACGUCUCCCUUUUGGUGUUGCUUGAGGGGACACAAGGCGGAAGGGCGGGCGUGGGGGAGGGCGUUUAUAGAGGGAAGCAGCGCGCCCCUCCCCGCCACCCUUAGGUGGUUCUUAUCCGGUCCUUAUGCUUGUACGCUGGUAUCCGGCCUUGCCCGAGGCUGCAGUUCCUUAUUGGCCUGCAGGCUCGGCGCCCAGGGCCCGGUUUGCCCGCGGCUGAGGGGGGAGCUCGGCUCGCUCGCUCCUCCCCCGCCGCAGACUCGGCCGUCGCCAUUUUGUGCUGCGAACGCGCCCGUCGCCGACUGCGCAAGCUCGGUUGUGGCGUCGCGAGAUUCCGGCUUGUGACGCUCGGGGAGGCCGGGACGCGGGCGCGGCCGGCUGCCAUUGGACAAGGCCUUGCAGAGGGCGGGGUCGGCUUCACCCGUAUUUCUCCGCCUUUCCUUAACUGCGGCAGAUGGGAGGGGGCCCGGGAGCCGGGAACGGAGCGCGGCUGCGCAGUGUAGAAAGGAAACACUAGCCGGGGAUCAUGAGUGGCUGUCGAGUGUUCAUUGGGAGACUAAAUCCCGCAGCGAGGGAGAAAGAUGUGGAAAGAUUCUUCAAGGGUUACGGACGGAUCAGAGAUAUUGAUUUGAAAAGAGGUUUUGGUUUUGUGGAAUUUGAGGACCCAAGGGAUGCAGAUGACGCUGUUUAUGAACUUGAUGGGAAGGAACUUUGCAGUGAAAGGGUUACUAUUGAACAUGCUCGGGCUCGGUCUCGAGGUGGAAGAGGUAGAGGACGAUACUCCGACCGUUUUAGCAGUCGCAGACCUCGAAAUGAUAGACGAAAUGCUCCACCUGUAAGAACAGAAAAUCGACUUAUAGUUGAGAAUUUAUCCUCAAGAGUCAGCUGGCAGGAUCUCAAAGAUUUCAUGAGACAAGCUGGGGAAGUAACCUUUGCGGAUGCACAUCGACCUAAACUAAAUGAAGGGGUAGUUGAGUUUGCCUCUUAUGGUGACUUAAAGAAUGCUAUUGAGAAACUUUCUGGAAAGGAAAUUAAUGGGAGAAAAAUCAAAUUAAUUGAAGGCAGCAAAAGACACAGCAGGUCAAGAAGCAGGUCACGAUCUCGGACCAGGAGUUCCUCUAGGUCCCGUAGCCGAUCCCGUUCACGCAGGAGCAAGUCUUACAGCCGAUCAAGGAGCAGGAGCCGGAGCCGGAGCAAGUCCCGUUCUGGUAGUAGGUCUCCCGUGCCUGAGAAGAGCCAGAAACGUGGUUCUUCGAGUAGAUCUAAAUCUCCAGCAUCUGUGGAUCGCCAGAGGUCCCGAUCCCGGUCCAGGUCCAGAUCAGUUGACAGUGGCAAUUAAUUAAACUGUAAAUAACUUGCCCUGGGGGCCUUUUUUUAAACAAAACAAAACAAAUUCCCAAACCAUACUUGCUAAAAAUUCUGGUAAGUAUGUGCUUUUUCUGUGGGGUGGGAUUUGGAUGGGGUUGGGCUGGAUUUCUUUGUAGAUGUGGACCACCAAGGGGUUGUUGAAAACUAAUUGUAUUAAAUGUCUUUUGAUAAGCCUUCUGCUCACACUUUUGUGACUGUCUGAAGUAUAUAGUUUGUGUAUAUUGAUAGAGCUCUUUUAUAACUAAAGCAUUUAAUUUUUUGUACUAGAAAAACUUUUGAAUAUUUUAGUUCAUUGUUCAGAUAUGUUAACUUAAGAUUAGUUUAAUUGCUCAAUUAAACUAAUGAAUAGCUUUGGACACUUUAAAAGAGCUCUAAAUUUGCUUGUAUAUAAAAGCUUAGUUUGAGUUUUCCUUGUUAGGGUCAAGGGUGUCUUCUUGCCCAUUAACAGCUGUAGAUAGACUUAAAGCAGCUGUUUGUUACUGAUAAUAAAAUACUAAGUAUUAUAAAA